GAGCCGAUUCGUUUGGCGCAAUCCUUCCUUCUGCAAAAGGAACUCACGCGGCGGCUGCAGCUCGUUUUUUUUUCCUGAUUUCUACUAUCCACACACAUAUUUCACGGCUGCGUUUCUUGCGGUCUGGCUUUCAUUGUUACUCGACCCUCAAACGCUUUUCACGUUUCUCACCUCUAUGGCGGUGCUUCAUUUUUCACAACACUCUUUGCCGCGAAACGAUACGGAAAAAUGUUUGGGAUACAAUCAACUUGGCUUUAACUGUCACACAGUUUACUUUUCGUGUUCACACUGAGAGAAAAGCUGAAGCAGAAAGGUAGAGAAGCGAAUCUAAAUUUUGUGUGUGUGUGUAAAUUUUGCGGCCGCCGCUGGCACCGUGAUAUAACAGGAGUUGCCGCUUGACUUUCUCUACUUCCUUUCCGCCUCUCUCUCUCUCUCGGGCGCUCGAGUCAAAGUCGAAGUUGAGAUUCCCAUGUGGCAGCUCCAUUGACCAGGAGGAAAGCAACCGGAGCGCCGAAGUUAACCACUGCUUUUGGGCCAAUUCGUUGUUUGACAAUUGAGGAAGUGAGCCGCAACUUUUAAAUGAAGAAACAUGGGGAAUGGCAUGAACAAGGUCUUGCCGGGACUUUAUGUGGGCAACUACCGCGACUCCAAGGAUCACGCUCAACUGGAAAGGUUCAAGAUCUCGCACAUCAUCGCCAUACAUGACAGUCCGCGUCGUCUGCUACCGGACAAACACUACUUGUGCGUGAUGGCCUCAGAUACGCCGGAUCAGAAUCUCUCCCAGUACUUCUCCGUCUGCAACGAUUUUAUACACGCUGCCCGCCUACGCGAAGGCAACGUGCUCAUCCACUGCCUAGCGGGGAUGUCGCGCUCGGUGACCGUGGCUGUUGCCUACAUCAUGACGGCCACCCACUUAAAUUGGAAGGAGGCGCUCAAAGUAGUUCGCGCUGGUCGCGCCGUGGCCAAUCCCAAUACUGGUUUCCAGAACCAAUUGCAGGAAUUUGAGCAGUUUAAGCUGCCCGAAGAACGUCGCCGGCUGAGGGAACGUUUUCCAUCCUCGGCGUUGGAGCAACUGGAUCGCACCAAAGUGGCAACUGCGCUGGAUAACUACCAGGAGCUCUUGCAGAACCGCGACAUCUGCGAGGGCAAUUGUUCCCGCGGCGAAAAAUGUCCUACAGGCGUCUGCAAUAUGGACCCCACAAAAGGCUUGUUUCGACGUCGCCCCUCCAACGCCUCCACCCACUCACGUCUGCGUGCCCAGUCCUCCAAUGCCAAUGCCUCGUCCAGUUCGCUCAGCGUGAGCAGUGCCGCCGCCCAAUCCUGCCCAACAUCACCAAAAAACUCACCGCUGCCCAUUGCUCGUCGUUCGGUGGGCAAUGAGCGUAUACCGGAGGAUGAGAUCGUCCUGGAACAGCCGCCCACCACAUCCCGUGAGGCGGCCGAGUAUGCUGCCGCCUUCGAAGAUGCUCGCCGUGAGCAGGAACAGCGCCAGCAGCAGCUGGGCAGGAGUCAACGAUCUCCCCGGCCAGGAAACUCCUCCAGAGAUGCGCCUCGGGUGAGCAGCGCCGGUAGUCGGAGGGAGUCCGCGGCCAGGGAAGGAAACAGUUCUGCCCAGCUGCAGCGGAGUGCCAGUACGGUCAGUGGAUUUGGAGUAAGACCACGGAGUAGUCCUGCUGGUCUGCAUGCAUAUACGGGCUCGGUUCCUUCCUCCGUCCACGGGUCUCGAGUGGAUUUGCGGGAUGCCGAUAAAGGAUCGGCUAUAUACCUGGGGUGCUCGGCACCAAGGGCCUCAACACUAUCUAUAUCCUCGUCAAGGGGUUCCUCGGGAGGCUCGGCUCCACCCUCACCCUGCCACACUCCACCCGCCAGUCCACGUCAUGGCGUGAAAAGAUCCACCAGUCUGGUAAAGAAGCCAAGAUGAAGGCCUGAGGAUGUCGUCAAAAGGCGAGGAGGUUUUUUCUAAAGCAAGUUGCAUUGGCACCCACUGCAUCUAAUCUGUAAUCCUUAAGCAACUUGGCACCCUUUGGCAAAAUGCGCGCGUUACCUGCUGAUUUGUUUGAAAGAGGACUACGUAUGCCCAAGUUGGGAUUCGACAGGUCUUCGAGUAGCUUACUCUUGUUAGACGCUAGGGCUGAAGCAUUCUUUGUUUCCGGCUUUGGCUAAAAAAAAAAGUUGUUGAUCAAUUUUUAAACCGCAUUCGGGGCACUCGCCCUUGGAGUGCAGCCUGAAUCAAAGAAAAAUCAAAUGUUGAGAGAUUAUUUUUCAGAGACGCAUUUAAGAAAUACCGACAUAUACAUAUACACACAUAUUUACUGUAUAUUAUAUAUAGUGUAUUUAUUUAUACGAGCAGAUUUGUUGUCGGUCCACUUGUCAGGACUGAUACACCCCUUUGGCCAGCCCACGGUAAUGGCCAUUUGUUAGUUUUGUACCGAAAGUUGGCGGGCAUAGCGAUUGUGUUGACAGUCGAACAAUAAUUGAGAAUUGUACAAUUGCGUAUUUUUGAUUAUAUCCAUUGUUGUUGCAAAUAUUUUGAUAGAGAAACAAAACAAAAACAAAAACCAAGAAAAACUAAUGGGGGAAACCCCAGAGAGAUGCGUUAUAUACAUUCAUACCUAGUUGAUAUAGUAAUGACAUAUGAGAUUUGAGAUUGUUAUUUAGAAUUGUUGCAUUGUGUAGCAUUGAAUAUAUAUAAACAAAGUUUAUUAGCUCA